CAGAACAAAACUGCUAUCAAUCAGUGAAUAAUCCAUUAAAGACCUUCAUUUAUCGGCCCCAUUUUUUCUGAAAAGAAACCCUACAUUUUCCGCACUACCCCCUCCAGUGAUUGAAGCAAUGCAAUGCAUUUAAUAUUUAACCAUGCGAUAAGCCACUUUUCGAUCGCACGCAAAAGAGCAGCACAUCAUGAUGUCACCACCCCCACGCCCACCGCAGGGAAAUAUGCCCAAAUUAAAUGUAAAUAAUCGCGGAUUAAUUGCCAAACCCGCACCGACACUGACGCUGACACUGGUUCUGACAGCCACGGCGGUGAUGGCGUUGAUGACGUUCCCCGGUGGCCACGCGGCUCCCUCACUCGCGUCCAAAUCCUGGCCACCGAUGAAAAAUUACGACAUUUGGGGAACGCCCACCGCUGGUGGUGAUCAAGGGGACCGGCGUGGGGUCUCGCGGGACGCGGAUUUAUCGUCGUCGUCGUCGUCGUCGUCACGGAGGAUGCUGUCGGGAUUUGACCCCAAUUUGGCGGAUGGAACCAGAUUUCGGCGGAGAGGUUGGACUGGUCGGAACGGCGACAGUGAGUCCGGCUUUGGAAUGGAAGGCGGAUUAGCGGGAGAGAGUGAUGUCCUCGGAUUAGGCGAGAGGAACGACUUUGGAUUCAAUCGGACAAGAGGGCGGAGUGCAAAGGUGCUCAACUUUUUCCCGGUCCCGGUGGACGACGAGUGCCUCUCGGAGGACGGCCUGCGCACCGGCCAGUGCAUGAACGUGUACGAGUGCCGCAUCCAGGGCGGGGCGGCCCGUGGCCAGUGUGCCCUCGGCUUCGGCGUUUGCUGUAUCUUCACGGCCACCUGCGAUCAGGAGAUGGCCAACAACAUCACCUACUUUCUGUCGCCGAGCUUCCCGGCGCUGCUACCCAAGGACAUGUCCGUCUGCAAGCUGAAAAUCAAGCUGAUGAGCGAGGAAAUUACCCAGCUUAAAUUUGAUUUCGUCCAUUUUGCAUUGGGCCAACCCAACCGCCGAACGGGCAUCUGCGACGGCGACGUGUUCAAACUGGCUGGUGGCGUGCUCCCCUUCAAUCUGUGCGGCCAAAACAGCGGCCAGCACAUGUACUACGACCUGAGUCCGAAGGCCCGUGCCGACGAGGAAAUCGAACUGGAGAUGAACUUUUCGCCGCGCUCGUUCGCACAGCGUCUGUGGGAGAUCCGGGUGACGCAGAUCCCGUUCAGUCAGAGGGCACCUAGUGGGUGCAUGCAGUAUUACACGGGGAACGAGGGGAUCAUCCAGACGUUCAACUUUGCCGAGAACGGACGGCAUUUGGCGAACCAUAACUACAGGGCUUGCAUCCGGCAGGAGAAGGGCAUGUGCUCGGUGGCUUACGAGCCGUGCCACGAGCAGUCGUUCCGGAUCGGGAAUCCGCUGGAGAGUAGUUCGGGGGGAGGUGGGGGAUCUGGGGUUGGUGGUGGGGGUGGGGCUGGAGGAGCGGCUGCUGGAGUUCCUGGAGGAGGGGUGGGUCCGGCGGGGACGGGGACGUUUACGGAUCCUGGGAUUGCAUCGGAUCCGUUGGCACCAGCGGCGGACAUUCCGGCGGCGGAUGCCGGUGUUCCUGGAGAAGCGGAUGCUGGUGAGACUCCUGGACUGUUGGACAGUCCGGCGAACGAUGAGGGAGUGGCUGCGGACGAGCCCGCUGUUGAUGAUUCAGUGGCGGACGAAUCUUCACCGGAUGAAGCCCAAGCGGAUGAUCCGGAUGCCGAGGAGGGGUCCGGUGGUGGGGGAGGAGGAUUCUUUGGAAGCUUCUUCCCGUCGUUCUUCUCGCGACGAAGUAUCUUCGACUCAUACAGUAGCUUUGAGGGAUCUCACCGGCAAGGUCGCUACGCGCGUCAGUUUGGCUCGACCUGCACGGAUCGAAUCACGCUGCCUUGUAUUGUGGAAGAUUUCAUUGGAGCUGGCAUGGGAGACGUCCCGAGCUGCAGUCCCGUGCACUGUGGCAACUCACUGUGUCCGCUCGGGGUGUCACCCUGCCGGGUGGAGACUUCGGUGACCCCGUUCGGGUUGGGGAUCCACUUUGGUGAGGGGUUGGACAAGGGAAGCCCGGAAGACAAUAUUGGGGCGUGUUUGCGGUACAACCAACUUCCGUGUGCCGAAUGACAGAAAAACUCUAGAUUUAAGCAGUGCGUGUGGUUGUGAACGAGAACGAUAGAUUAUUUAUUAGCUGUGAGUGUCUGCCAGUAAAAGUAAGGCUAAAUUUAUGUUCGA